AUGAUGAUCGCCCUCUCAUCUUUGUUUAAUUCCAGAAGCCCUCUCGGUGAAGCAGAUGGUGAUAGCGAAACUCACUGCCACUCAGGGCCCAACGAAGGAGGAGUUGACAAAAUUGCAAGGCGAAAACUUCUAAUUGCUAGUGCACUAUGCCUAAUUUUCAUGAUUGGGGAAGCUACCGGUGGUGCUCUUGCCGGCAGUUUGGCAAUCAUGACGGACGCAGCUCAUCUCCUUACCGAUUUUGCCAGCUUCCUUAUCAGUCUUUUUGCCAUAUUUCUGUCCGGCCGACCCGCUACGCGGAUGAUGAGUUUCGGUUGGUAUCGUGCUGAAGUGGUUGGCGCUCUUGUAUCAGUCUUGAUGAUUUGGCUGGUGACAGGAAUUCUUGUCUACCUCGCCGUAAUGCGAGUGAUACAUCAACACUACGAAAUUGAUGGCAUGGUUAUGCUCAUCACCUCUGCCGUUGGUGUCGCCGUAAAUAUGGUAAUGGCUGCAACACUUCACCAACAUGGUCACGGCCACGGUGGCGAAAGCCAUGGACACAGUCACGACUCCGGUUCACAUACUCAUAGCCACGGCUUCUUUUCAAAGAUGAAGAAAAAAAUCUCCAGUAUGAACCUCUCACGUUCAGAUGAUAUCAAAAUUUCCAAAGAUUCAACCGGUGAUGCUUCUACAGCAAUCUGUGAGGGUGGAGAGUUCCAACAGGGCCUACACAAGCCUUACACAACUGAUCAUCCUCACGACCAUCACUCGCACAAACACUUGGCGAAAGAGGGGACGACAGAUUCGGAGCACGGGGAAGAGAACAUCAACGUUCGUGCAGCUUUCAUUCAUGUGAUUGGAGACCUUCUACAAAGUCUUGGUGUGAUGAUCGCUGCCUUUGUCAUCUACUUCCGUGAUGCAAUGAACAUCUUGAUGGAGGGAGUGCCAAAAGGCCUCAACUUUGCCGAGGUACGCUCAUCAUUGCAAGCCAUUCCGGGUAUUGUGGAGGUGCACAAUCUACGCAUGUGGAGCCUUACUAUGAACAAGACUGCCGUUUCUGUUCAUCUUGCAACGGGUAAACUAUUUAACACUAUCGUUUUCCAAAAUCCACUUUCGUUUUCGAGCAAAUAA